GGCGCGUUUAAAACCCUAUAAUGGAAACGACCCCCCGACGCAGAGUUUACUUCUAGAGCGGCUCCCCCGCAGCGCGCCGCGGCGUCUGAUCUACGUCGGACUAUGGACGGCUCCACCAACAGCUCGGAUGGCGCGUCAGCUGGCAGCAGCCCCGAGUUCCCGGACCAAGCUUCCAUGAUGGAGGUACGUCUGCAGGCUCAGGAAGAUGAGAUCAUACUGCUGAAGUCAUCGCUGGCCGACGCACUACGCAGGAUCGAUUUCCAUGACCGGAUCAUUCCAUUGCUCAAACAGCAGCUCAUCACAGUGAACCCGAGUGCAGCGCGGGAGCUGAACCAGGUUUGCUGCUCAGAGCGCUGCGCCAGCAGCCAGAAACUGCUGUCCAGCUCAACCAGUGAUGGACUGCUGCACCCUUCCACGAGCCAAAUGUCAGACAGCAUUGUCGCCAGUGAGAAUGGCCACAUAGGAAAUCCAGUGUUGCCGGAUUCCAGGUCCAGAUCUGCCACGCUGGACAGGUCAACCCAGACGGUGCCCAUUGCACAGGGGAUGGAUGCCGAGCUGGACAGAGUCCCCGUAGCUCUCACCAGAGUGGUCCAGAGUCUGCAACUAGAAGAUGCCCUCCCUGGGGGUGUGCCAUUGGCAGAGGGGACCUGCGGCAAGCUCUACCGCAUCGAAGGGCUGGAACACGAAUAUGAGGACGAGGAGCGGGACGAGGAAGGAGGAGGGGAGCAGGACAAGGAGCUGAGAUGGACGUCAGUUGUGGAGGAGCCAAUCCAGCCCAGCGUCAUUAGCAGGCUACAGAGGGAGGACUUUCAAUGGGAUGCUAAUGGCGCUCCAGAGGAGCAGAGCCCUGGCCCGCCGAUCUCCCUGGCCGCCACUAAAGACCAGAGCCCCGCUGCUCAUCCAGGACCUCUGUCCCCCCAUCCAGGAGAGAAGAAACCACUACUUCGAAGGAACAGCGAGAAGCUGGGGAAGGAGAUGCAGGAAAGACAGAAAAAGCGUCUGGAAAAGAAGGCCGCGUCCUCGGCCAACCUCCUGACCCGCUCCUCCAGCCUGGAAAACCGGGCCAAGGAGAUGAUAACUGGUGCAGGAUCCCCUGGAUCCCGAAGAGGAACCUACAGCCAAGGACACUCAAUCAAGAUGUUCAUCCGUGGUCGACCCAUCACGAUGUACGUCCCCGCCAACAUCCCCAACUAUGAGGACCUGAAGAUGGAGCUGCCUUCAGAGAAGCUGGAGUUGGACUGGGUCUAUGGUUAUCGCGGGAGGGACUGCCGUGCCAAUCUGUACUUCCUGCCGACAGGGGAGGCGGUGUACUUCAUAGCCUGUGUGGUGGUGCUCUAUCACAUCAACAACCGCACUCAGCGCCACUACCGCAAACACACCGACUGUGUCCGCUGCCUCACCCUGCAUCCUGACAAAGUCCGGGUGGCGUCUGGCCAGAUGGCAGGGGUGGACAAAGAUGGCAAGCCCCUGCAGCCUUGUGUUCAUAUCUGGGACUCGACCACCUUGGUCACCCUGCAGCAGAUCGGCCAGGGCACCUUCGAGAGAGGAGUGGGCUCGGUGGCCUUCUCUUUCGCCGACUCGGGAGCGUUUCUGUGUGUGAUCGACGAUUCCAACGAACACAUGCUGUCGGUGUGGGACUGCAGCAAGGGAACCAAGCACACAGAGGUUAAGAGUACCAACGAGGCUGUGUUUGCUGUAGAGUUCAACCCCAGUGACAGCACCAACAUCAUCACUUGCGGCAAGUCCCACGUCUACUUCUGGACCCUCAGCGCGGGCCAGCUCACCAAGAAGCAAGGCAUUUUUGGUAAAUACAAGAAGCCCAAGUUCAUCCAGUGUUUCAUCUUCAGCCUGACGGGAGACGUCCUGACCGGAGACUCCGAAGGCAACAUCCUGACUUGGGGGAAAUCAGCAGCAGAUGUCAAGACGCUAGGAAAAGGCGCCAAGGAAACCUUCCAGAUCAUGCGUCAGACGAGGGCCCACGAAGGCAGCGUGUUUACCCUGUGCACUCUGCAGGGUGGUGCUCUGCUCAGCGGCGGGGGGAAAGACCGCAAGAUCAUCCACUGGAGCGCCGAUCUGGCACCUGAGAGAGAGUGUGAGAUUCCUGAAAACUUGGGGGCAGUCCGUACCAUUGCAGAUGUGGAUGGGGAAGAAUUGUUGGUUGGCACUACCCGAAAUGCCAUACUGAGGGGCAACUUCUCAGACGGCUUUGUGGCAAUAGUGCAGGGUCAUGUGGAUGAAAUGUGGGGUUUGGCCACCCACCCCUCCCAAGACGUCUUCCUCACCUGUGGCCAUGACAGACAGGUGUGUCUGUGGAACACAGAGGAACACAAGCUGGACUGGUGCACUAUACUGGAGGAUUAUGGACUAUGUGCAGAUUUCUGUCCAAAUGGCUCAGUGGUGUCAGUCGGCCUCAACACAGGAAGGUGGCUCAUCCUUGACCUGCUGACCAGGGAGGUCGUCUCCGAGUCCACCGACGGAAACGAGCAGCUGUCCGUCAUGAGAUACUCACCAGAUGGCAGCUUUCUGGCCGUGGGGUCCCAUGAUAACUUCAUCUACAUCUACAACGUGACCGAGAAAGGCCGGCGCUACGCCCGGUUCGGGAAGUGCAAUGGCCACUCCAGCUUCAUAACUCAUCUGGACUGGUCCAAAGAUGGGAAGUACAUCAUGUCGAACUCGGGCGACUACGAGAUCCUGUACUGGGACGUGGCAGCAGGGUGUAAACUGCUGAGGAACCGUUUCGAUAGCAAAGACAGAGAAUGGGCGUCUUAUACCUGCGUGCUGGGCUUCCAUGUCAUGGGGGUGUGGCUGGAGGGCUCAGAUGGCACAGACAUCAACGCCCUGUGUCGCUCCCACAGCGAGAAGAUGGUGGCGGUGGCCGAUGACUUCUGCAAAGUCCACCUGUUCCAGUACCCGUGUCCUAAACCAAAAGCGCCGAGCUAUAAAUACGAAGGCCACGGCAGUCACGUGACCAACGUGGGCUUCACCCAUAGCGACAGCCACCUGCUCUCCAUCGGGGGGAAGGACACCUGCAUCCUCCAGUGGAGGGUGAAGGGGGGAGGAGGAAUGGGUGACAGCAGGGAGAGACUGGCCUCCUCCUCCGCCUCCGCCAGCUCUCCAGAACCCUUCGCCAGCUAGUCGGGGGACGAGGAGAAGGGAAAUGUUAAAGUGAAAAUGAAAGAGCUAUGUUUCCAGAGAGAGAGAGAGCGAGAGAGAGAGAGAGAGAGAGAGAGAGAGAGAGAGAGAGCGAGAGAGAGAGAGAGCAAGAGAGAGAGACGAAAGGUUCUUUAGUGAGACAACCUACUUGGAAAACAGGAAAAACAUCUCCAGUGGGAUGGACUGAAACAAAAUCCAUUCUCACACCCAUUCAGAUGAACACUCCCAAAGCAUGUGUGCGUGCGCAGACACACACACACACAGACAUACACACACACAAGCCGUCAUUAAUCCUCCCCUCAAUGUGCAGAGAUGCACGGGGGGGGGGGGGGGAUCUUCCUAAACAGAGGAUCAAUAGCCCUGAGUCCUUGCACCUUGGUCUUCCUAUCAGUUGCUCCUGACCAAACAGGAAGUCAGGGAGAACUCACCGAGCCUUACCCCCCGAGUGACUCUCGCGCUUAAGACCACCUUUGGCUGACAUCUUUUCGAUUGCAAGGGCCCUGUGUCAAAUCCACCUCUGAAUAAAAGAAGUCCCUGAAAAGACAAUCCACCUAAAGCCCGCGAUGCUCUGUUCUCUCAGUACCUCCUGCCAAACGGUAUUCCCCCAGCAACUCGGAGAGCUCCGAUAUUCCUGACUUCCACCACCGCAGCAUGGAGGGCCGAGCGUCCCUUUCCCCUCGGCAAAAAGUUCUCAGGCUCAGACGGGCAGAAGGCAAGACGUUCCUCCUGCCUCCUCAUCUCAGUUCCCUGUCCCACGUGACUGUGUCAGUACUGGUCCCACUGGUCUGAGUUAAUACCUGCAGUACUGGCCGUGGAAGUGACCCCAGCACCCGGGCUCUCAGACAUCCUAGAGCCGUCUCCUGCGGGGCCCUUCCAGCACACUCGAAGGGUCUGCGGCGUGGUAACAUCGUCCGUCACCGUGCAGCUCCUUAAACGGCCCCAACUCACCGAGGCCACUGGAGUAAAAGUAAAGCAGCCUGUUGCCGAACCAGGGCGAGUCCACAAGCUUCCUCUGAAAGUCCUUCAAGAGGCAGUCAGGAAAGUUGAAAAUGAGUCCAGCCAAUGCCGUAAAGACUACGCCACCGGGUUGUUCACGAUGGGUGUCCGUCACCUCUGCCGGCUUGUCCAGCCUGGAGACCACGGACUGCUGCUUGGCCUCCCAGUUCUUUCUGCCAGCCGUCUGAGUGCAGGAACACUCCCAGGACCUUAAAUCUUACUUAACCCUACCUCCUGGUAGCUGAAAGACCCAAAGCUUCUCUCCAUGCAUCACAUCACAUCACAUAAACAGCUUCACAUUUUCCUUUUUUAACUUUAUCGGAAUAUAUUCUUAUGUAAGUGGACAAUAUCCUCCAGAGUGUCUCACCUUUCCUUUAUCUACUACUACUACUAUUCCCCCCCCCUCUUUUUCUGCCCUAUUGUACUUGGCCAAUUACCCUACUCUCCGAGCCAUCCCCGGUCUCUGCUCCACCCCCUCUGCCGAUCCAGGGAGGGCUGCAGACUACCACAUGUCUCCUCCCAUACAUGUGGAGCCACCAGCCGCUUCUUUUCACCUGAUAGUGAGGAACUUCACCAGGGCGACCUAGCGUGUGGGAGGAUCUCGGUAUUCUCCCCAGUGCCCCCCCCCCCAAACAGGUGCCCAGACCGACCAGAGGAGGCACUAAUGCAGUCACCAGGACACAUACCCACAUCCGGUUUCCCACCCCAGACACGGCCAAUUGUGCCUGUAGGGAUGCUUGACCAAGCUGGAGGUAGCAUGGGGAUUCGAACCACCGAUACUCAUUUGGUAGGCAACGGAAUAGACCGCUACACGGACCCCCCCUACUACUACUACUUACUACUACUACUACUACUAUUACUUUUGGCUGCUCCCGCUAGGGGGCACCACAGCGGAUCAUCCGUUUCCAUCUCUUCCUGUCCUCUGCAUCUUCCUCUGUCGCACCAGCCACCUGCAUGCCCUCCCUAACCACAUCCAUAAACCUCCUCUUUGGCCUUCCUCUUCUCCUCUUCCCUGGCAGCUCCAUAUUCAGCAUCCUUCUCCCAGUAUACCCAGCAUCUCUCCUCCACACAUGUCCAAACCAUCUCCAUCUCACCUGUCUUGCUUUGUCUCUAAACCGUCCAACCUGAGCUGUCCCUCUAAUAUACUCAGUUUCCACUCGGGAAUGAAUAAAGUAUUUCUGAUUCUGAUUCUGAUACUUGUUCCUAAUCCUGUCCUUCUUCAUCACUCCUAAUGAAAAUCUUAUCAUCUUCAUCUCUGCCACCUCCAGCUACACCUCCUGUCUUUUCAUCAGCGCCACUGUCUCCAAACCAUACAACAUAGCUGGUCUCACAACCAUCUUGUAAACCUUCCCUUUAACUCUUGCUGGUACCCUUCUGUCACACAUCACUCCUGACACUCUUCUCCGCCCACUCCACCCUGCCUGCACUCU